GAGCAGCCGGCGGCGCCGCGGCCGUGCAGCCUUUGUGUCGGGCCGCCGGGCGCGCCGGGCCCAGCGCAGCGCUACAGAGUGUCCAAGUAGGAAACUGUGGACACCGUGGGUUGCCACAGAGAUGACUAGGGUGUGAUCCAUGAAUUGCAAAACCCAGCUAGUGCCCCCAAAGAAAGACGUCUCUCCCGACGACCACUCCAGUGCCCUAGAGCUCCAGCGACAUCAAGGAAGAAGAUGCAGCUGACAGACAGGAGAUGGCAGCCGCCGAAGCGCUGAGGAUCACCGCUCCUUGGCCACUUGCGUCCCGGCUCCAGGUGUCUCUCCAAGAUGGCCUGUAACAGCACGUCCCUCGAGACUUACGAGCACCUGCUGCUGAACGCCACCAACGCGACGACGGGCCCCGGGGCCGCGGCCCUGCCCGCCCCGCUCAGGAUCGUGCUGGCCAUGGGGAUGCUGCUCAUGAUCGUGGUCGGCUUCCUGGGCAACACCGUGGUCUGCGUCAUCGUGUACCAGAGGCCGGCCAUGCGCUCUGCCAUCAACCUGCUGCUGGCCACGCUGGCCUUCUCAGACAUCAUGCUGUCCGUAUGCUGCAUGCCCUUCACCGCCGUCACCCUCAUCACCGUCCGCUGGCACUUCGGGGACGGCUUCUGCCGCCUCUCGGCCACUCUCUACUGGUUUUUCGUCCUGGAGGGCGUGGCCAUCCUGCUCAUCAUCAGCGUGGACCGCUUCCUCAUCAUCGUGCAGCGCCAGGACAAGCUGAACCCGCGGAGGGCCAAGGUGAUCAUCGCCGUCUCCUGGGUGCUGUCCUUCUGCGUCGCGGUCCCCUCGCUCUGGGGCUGGACGUUCGUGGAGGUGCCCGCGCGGGCCCCCCAGUGCGUGCUGGGCUACACCGAGUUCCCCGCCGCCCGUGCCUACGUGGUGACGCUGGUGGCGGCCGUGUUCUUCGUGCCCUUUGGCGGCAUGCUGUGCGCCUACACGUGCAUCCUCAACACGGUGCGCAAGAACGCCGUGCGCGUGCACAACCAGUCCGACAGCCUGGACCUGCGGCAGCUGUCCCGCGCCGGCCGGCGGCGGCUGCAGCGCCAGCACCAGGUCAGCGUGGACCUGAGCUUCAAGACCAAGGCCUUCACCACCAUCCUCAUCCUCUUCGUGGGCUUCUCCCUCUGCUGGCUGCCCCACUCGGUCUACAGCCUCUUGUCUGUGUUCAGCCGGCGCUUCUACUACGGCUCCUCCUUCUACGCCACCAGCACCUGCGUCCUGUGGCUCAGUUACCUCAAGUCCGUCUUCAACCCCAUCGUCUACUGCUGGAGAAUCAAAAAAUUCCGCGAGGCCUGCAUAGAGCUGCUGCCCCAAACCUUCCAGAUCCUUCCCAAAGUGCCUGAGCGGAUCCGGAGGAGAAUCCAGCCGAGCACAGUCUACGUUUGCAACGAGAACCAGUCUGCUGUCUAGGGAGGGCCGGCCACCGGGUCCCAGGACAUGCUCGUCUGUCCUGCUCUGCUCCCUGGCACGUUCGUAGUCUGCACUUCUUGGUGGCUGUUUAAGCACAAAGGUACUCAUUUGUUACCAGAUGGGCUUUGGCUCCUAAAUUUCAAAUGUUGGCAAGAUGAAUUAUUUUUUGUUUCUCAUCGCGGAGGAGCCAUGUGUGGGUCUAAUGGCAACUGCAAGGUAGUUGAGGCAAAAUGGAGUGGGGAGGGGAGUGGGGAAGUUGGGCAGAAAGUUAGGGACUAGGGCUAGGCAGGGAGUGAAGCUGUUGAGGGUAGGGCAGGAGCAGGGUCUGUCCCAAGAGCUUAAUCCUGCCUGCUAGCUCCGAGCUCCCUCUGCACCUGCUCCAGAAAACGGGGUGGUGCCAUGUUUUGAGGUGAGAAACCCAAGUAGGUAGCAGCUCAAGGGUUAUCACCCCCUUUUUGACACCUGCCUUCAAUCAUUUGUGUUUGUGGCAUAUGGAGAAUUACGAAAGGUUCUUUCCCUUGUCACAUGUGCAUUUCUGGUCAUGCCAAAUCAUUCUUUCUAGAAAGAAACCAAAUUCACAGUGGGACACAGAGUGAGCUCCUGUGCUUUUGAGUUCCCUGGUGCAGUGCAUGGGAGACCUGAGUGGCUUGAAGCCCAGAGAAUGUUCUGGGGCAACUCAGCUGCAGUGAGAAGCACACCUGGACACUCAUGCAUGUCCCCCAUACCCAUCCCCCCCUGACCUGGCCUGGCCCACUUUGUCCCUGUGCCCCAAAGUCUCUCAGCUUUCCUGUCUGCAGGACAGUCCCUCAGACCCUUCCCUCUUUUCGUUUCUUUUCUCCCAUGUUUCCAGUGUGCUGAAAAAAAUGCCCCCGGAAAUCCAUGCAUUGAGCAAGUCUUUGCAGGGACCUGCUUUCAGUGUCAGAAGCGGUGAGUCGCUGGGCCUUGUUUACAUAUUCCCUCUGGACAUCCUGGGGCUCCAGAGCAUUUGUGAGCCACCCAGUGCCCUUCAGCCCUAGCACCGCUGCAGAGGCAGAAUGAGCAAACCCCACCCGCAGGGUGGUCCCCAUCGGUCUCUGUGUUCCUCCUACCUCAUUCAGACCCGCUGCUGCUGUCCGGUCCACCUGCCCAGGACUGGAUCCCAGGAGUGAAGCUGCCCAGAGGGGACCUUUCUGCUUGCACCCUACACUCAGCCACCCACCACCACCAGGAGCUUCUGAUGUUGAGAGAUGAGCGUGCUGAGUUCAGGGCAUAGCAUUGCGUCCACGGAGCUCUCUUUAUAGUUUCAGAUCUAAGGAGAGUGGGAAGUUUAAGGAGAAAUUUAGAAAAUUGGAUUCCAGGUCUGACUCUAUCAGGAAUUACUCGUGUGACCUUGUUCGUUUCACCUCACUGCUCUGGGCCUCAGUUACCCUGUUUGCCAACAGAGGAGGCAGGUGUCGAUGAGCUCCGACAUUCCUCUCAUCUUUCCAACACUCUGAUUGUGAAGUGUGUGUUUCCUACCUGCAGUUACCAGAUCCCCUGCAACCAUUUGUUCCUCCAUGCAAUGAGCAUUUAUUAAGUGCCUACUGGAUGUAAGGCACUGUGGGGAGGCAGUGAUGAAUGAGGCAUGCGCUGUGCCUAAAAGCAGUUGUCUGAUUUAUCUCAGGAUAAUGGUAACUCAAAAGCAGCCUAAGAGCACAGAAACUCCAUUCUUGUUUUACUUCUUAUUUCUUUCCAAGAGGUAUUAAGAGGCUGGCUCCCAUUCUCACUCCCUCCCCGUGGUAGUGGUGACAAGGGCAGGGAAGAAAGGAGGGUGAAGAGAAGAACAUAAUUUAGAUUCAUGUAAGCCCAGAGAAGGGUUAAGAAAAUAAUUGACACCUGUGGUCACCAAGUCCACCCUCCUUUUAUACCCAGAUGUGAGUGGCAGGGAGAGAGAAAGAGAAGAUGAGCAGUUGAUGUGUGACUGGUUGAAGUGAGUCCCAUCAAUUCUGAGUCCCCAGUGCCCCAGCAAGGCCAGAAUUUGCCUUCAGCUCCCAUGGGGCAGGGCUUCAGGGCCACAGCAGUGUCCAAGAGCACAGCUAGGCCACCAAGGGGACCGAGCCCAUGGGCACCUCCCCUCGGGUGGGCAUUUCAGAUAAUUUUCUUCAGGAGCCUUGAGCAAAAGAGAAAUCACAAAACUGAAUGAACGAAGGUACCAAAAUUUACAUCCUUCAGUGUUAUAUGAUGUAUGUUGAACAGUAAUAUAUAUGUUUCAAAGUAAUAAUUUUGUAUAUAUUUUAAAUAAAGUAUUAUUGCUCUUUCGGUGUAUCAGACCACGUUCUUGCCAAAAUGCACACAAGGACCAUGAACAGUAAGCCCAGAAUGCCAGGCCCAACACCUCUGUAUCAGUUCGUUCAAGCUGCUAUCACAAGAUACCUUAGACUGGGUA